ACAUCAUUGCUAGAAAGCUGAAGUCACAAUAUUCGUUUGAGCGGAUGUGGCAUUUAAGGUUACUGGCAUUAGUCCUUUGACCUUGUUUAGCCCAUAUCAGCACCUUUACAACGUGUUAGCCAAUCCUCAGAUGUCACUGGUUGUUUAUCGUUUGGCGACCUUGGGCUGACUUCCGUUACUCUGUAUUGUUUCUGGUAUCGUGAAUGGUUACAUGUUUGUUUUCUUCUUUAUAUCUUACAACAUCAACAGAGUGUUUACAACUUGCUUUUAAUGCGGCUCUAAGUUUGCAAGCUUGAUAGCAUAACUUACAGUCCCGUGUAAAUGGUCUUACCUUGUUCAUGUUGAUGAUGUGAUUGCGGAUUGCACGAAGUGGUUUACAUGAUAGAAAAUGGGUCAUUGCACCAUUUUCUAACAUGCCUCCUCGUGUUUGUGUAAAGUCAGCUCCGUGGUCGCCAAGAUCCACUAACUGGAACACUUUACACAAGUCGAAAAUGACUCAUCCACUGGACGUUUUUUUUAUCUUAAUUGCCUUAUCAGAUAAGCAUAAUUGAAGAUACCUGACCUAUCAUGAUAAGCCGUGAUGGUGGCGGCUUGCAAAAACAAAAUGUAUUGCAAAGCCUCUUAAUGGUUUUCUUUUUUACUUGUUUAGUGUAAAAUUAAGUGUGAAUAUGUUUAAAAUGUGAAAUAAAAUCAAAGCUACCAUGGUGUAAAAAUCUUAGUAACCCAAAGGCCUUAUCUUUAUGACUUGUGUAUGAUAUGAAUGGUGUUAUGUUAUUUAACUCCCCGCCCCGUGCCAGGAUCCACUUGUGCCUACUAAAAGGUGCGUCCCGACGGGAGAAACAUUCACAAACCGUCACAUCCACCAUGUGGCUCCUCGUAUUCAUCGCGUGGUUGCUAGUGUGGCUGGGGUGCACCUACUGGUACCUCUUUGGCAAGCGCAGCCCCUUCUCCCUGAACUCUGUCAGGCCUCCUGGACCCCGAGAGUUUGACCAGAAGAAGCGGGACAAAGUCAUCAAGCAAGGUUUCAGCUUGGACAAGGUGCCACGGGACCUCGACGUGAUCGUAAUCGGAAGCGGCAUCGGCGGACUGGCUGCCGGUGCCACGCUCGCCAAGGCUGGCAAGAAGGUUCUGGUUCUGGAGCAACACGACCAAGCCGGAGGCUGUUGCCACACGUACAUCGAGAAAGGCUUCGAGUUUGAUGUUGGCCUUCACUACAUUGGUCAGCUGCACAAGAACAGUCUGCUUCGCAUCAUUUUUGACCAACUGUCCGAGGGCCAGUUGGAGUUCCAGGAGCUAAACCCCCAUUUCGACACGAUACAAAUCGGCCAGGGGGAAGACAAGCGGGAGUACACCAUCGUCUCGGGCAAAACAGAGAUGAAAUCUCACCUCUUGAAGCAAUUUCCCGAUGACGCGGAAGCCAUUGAGACCUUCUUCAAGAUCAUGAAGAUUUCAGCCAAGAAGACUCACUACCUGGCGACCCUGAAGCUUAUCCCGCAGUGGCUGUCUCUGUUCCUGUUGAAGUCAGGAAUCGCAGACCUCCUCUCACCGGUUUUCCGUCUCAGCGGAACGUGCGCGACCGACCUGGUGAACACACUGACCGCCAACAAGGAUCUCCACGUCAUCUUCUCGUACCUUUUCUACGGUGUACCUCCAAAGGAUUCCAGUAUUUUGAUAAAUGCCCUCCUGGUCCAUCACUACAAGCGAGGGGCAUACUACCCCAAAGGCGGCGCCAGCGAGAUCGCCUUCAACAUCAUCCGCACCAUUCAGAAGUACGGCGGUAACUGCCUCGUGCGAGCACCCGUCUCGCAGAUCCUGGUUGACGACAAGGGGGCGGCACACGGCGUGAAGGUGAGGAAAGGCGGAGAAGAGGUGGCGAUCCACGCACCGGUGGUUGUCUCAAACUGCGGCAUCUUUACCACCUUCCAGAAACUUCUCCCCCCUGAGAUCCAGGUCAAGCCAGACAUUCAGGAGAGGCUGAACAUGAUGAAGCACGGUCGGGGAUCCUUUUUGGUCUUCUCUGGUUUCGACGGCACAGAGGAGGAGCUCGGUCUAGAGUCCACAAAUUUCUGGCUGUUCAAAAACAACGACAUGGACAAAUCGAUGGAGGACUUUUUUAGUUUGAGCAAAGAGGAAGCACCAGACAACAUCCCCAUGAUGUUCAUCACCAUGCCGUCUUCCAAAGACCCAGAGGCCAAGAUAAGACACCCUGGAAAAUCUUGCAUGACCAUCCUGACCAUGGUGAAAUACGAAUGGUUCGAGGAGUGGAAGGACACGGCGGUCCGCAAACGUGGCGACGAAUAUCACAACUACAAAAUGAGAUUUGCCAACAAGCUCUUCGACUGGGCUUGUCAGUUGUUCCCAAAAAUCAAAGACAAGCUGGUCUUCCAGGACGUGGCCACGCCUCUGACCAACAUGCACUACCUGGGCGCCCAGCGCGGAGCCAUGUACUCAGCGGAGCACAACCUGGAGCGCUUCCAAGCCGAGGCGGUGGCGAGGAACCGCUGCCACACGCCUGUUAAAAACCUCUACCUCUCCGGUCAAGACGUAUUCAGCUGCGGAAUAGCGGGCGCGUUGCAUGGCGGUGUCCUGUGUGCCUCGGCCGUGCUGGACCACAUCGUCUACAUCGACCUGCUCUUCAUCAAGAAGAAGCUCAAGUGGCGUCAGGCCAAGGAGCUGGCUCUGCUUGCUCGGAAGAAGAUGCAGUGAGCAGAUGCACUUUUUUUGAUUUUUUUUUAUUUUUUUUAACAAACUUUCGCAGGAUCUGCAGGUGAUCAAAGAAUAGCUUCAAACUAAGCCCAUAACUUUCAUGGAAAUGUGAAUGAUCGUUGUU